AUGAUAAUUGUGUAUACUUGUUUAAAAAAGCAUCGAGAUACUCCCGAAAAUAAUGCUUCGAUCCCGUUUGAGUUCACACCCGAGAACCUAAAACGCGCUGAAACGAUAAUUGCCAAAUACCCACCACAAUACAAAAAAGCUGCUGUAAUACCGUUACUUCAUUUAGCGCAACGACAAUUCGGCUGGACCAGUAUAUCUGUGAUGAAUUAUGUGGCAAAGUUACUUGAAAUGCCAGAAAUGAGAGUAUAUGAGGUUGCUACGUUUUAUACAAUGUUUAACAGGGAACCGGUUGGCAAAUAUUUGCUUCAACUCUGCACCACCACACCAUGCCAAUUAUGUGGAUCAACUAAAAUUUUAGAAACUAUCGAGGACCAUCUGGGUAUUAAAGUUGGACAGACGACGACUGAUAAUCUUUUUACAUUAGUUGAAGUGGAAUGUGCGGGUGCUUGUGUAAACGCUCCGGUGUUAGCUGUGAAUGAUGAUUACUAUGAAGAUCUCACUGAAGAAACAAUAAUUAAAAUCCUCGAUUCACUAAAAAAUGGAGAUAUACCUAAACCUGGACCACAGACUGGACGACAUACAUGUGAACCAAAGAGUGGAUUAACUUCACUUUCUACUGAACCGUAUGGACCAGGUUUUGAG